UUAGUUACAUUCUGCCCAUCGAAUAAACAUGUGGCUAUUGCGUUGCUUUGUUAUUACCACCGCUUUCGUUUGGGCUUUUGCUUCAGGCUUUGGCGAUGAUGCUAUCUUUGAGGAUGAGGACAUUUACAAUCAGGCUCUGCCGCCAGUCCCUCACACGGGAAUCACUGCUCCUGGCACCAAAUGGUGUGGUCCCGGCAAUACAGCAGCCAAUUAUGAUGAUUUGGGCACUGAAAGUGGCACGGAUAGAUGUUGUCGUGCUCACGAUCAUUGCGAUGAGAUUAUGGAAUCACGAAGCUCCUUACAUGGCCUGCCAACCAAUACGGAUUGGUUUCCCAUACUGAAAUGCACGUGCGAGCAGGAGUUUAUCAAUUGCCUGCAGGCUGUGGAUACUCUGACAUCGAAUACUCUGGGUCGCAUUUAUUAUGGAACUAGGAGUAAAUGCUUUGCCCAAGGUUAUCCCACCACAGGAUGUAAGGAAUAUCAGAAUGGAACCUUGCGCAAACGUUGUAUACGCUAUAAUGUGAAUAAAUCCUUGGCCAAGAUUUGGCAAUUCUAUGAUAUGCCAUUCUAUAGCAAACAGGCAAUGAAGGGAUGACGAGAAGAAGAGGAAUUGUAAAUAAAAUAUUAUGAAUUUUCAAAUGUACAAA